CCGGAGAUACAGGAAGCACAGCAAAAUGAAAUUUGACAGCAUUCUUGCAGAAAUUAAUGGAUUUGGAAAAUUCCAAAUUGCUCUAGUCUUGAUUCAGAUCCUGUCUCGAAUUACUUUGCCAUGUCACUUUCUGCUGAAUAAUUUCAUGGCAGCUGUUCCUUCGCAUCACUGCAACAUCGAUGCUUUGGAUACUGGAGCUGUCUUUGGAAAUUUAACUUUAGAUCAGAAAUUAGCCGUUGGUAUUCCAGCAGAGCGGGAUGGGACUCCAAGCUCCUGUCAGAUGUUUUCAGAGCCCCAAUAUGAAUAUCUGUUAGGUUCAAACAGCAGCAAAGGCUCAUUUACUGUUCAGUGUCAAAAUGGAUGGGUAUAUGACAAAAGCACUUUCAAGUCUACUUUGGCAACAGAGUGGGAUCUCGUGUGCAGCAGAAAAGGUAUGAACAAGGCAACUGCAACCAUUUUCUUUAUUGGUGUUAUGGUUGGAGCCCCAGUUUUUGGGUUUCUCAGUGACAGGUUUGGGCGACGUCCUCUUCUGCUCGUGUCUUAUCUGGCAUCCUUGAUAUUUGCAGUGCUGAGUGCAUUCUCCACCUCGUAUGUAAUGUUUGUCAUCUUGAGAUUUUUUACGGGCAUGUCACUCGCAGGAAUAAGCAUCAUGGCCAUUGUUUUGAAUGUUGAAUGGUUUAGCAUUGAACACAGGACUUUUUCUGGUGUGAUCAUAAGCCUGGAUUGGACAAUUGGGAACUGGAUCCUGGUUGGCACUGCAUAUUUUGUAAACGAGUGGAGGAAGCUGAUUCUAGCAGUUACCUCCCCCCUGAUUCUGUCUAUCAUUGCUUGGAGGUGGCUUCCAGAGUCUGCUAGGUGGCUUGUAGCCAAAGGAAAGACAGAUGCUGCUCAUCAUUACAUAAUGAAAUGUGCCAAGAUGAACAACAGAUCCAAGUGCAUGGCCACCAUCACACCAACAACAUUACUGGAAUGUGCAGAAACUGAACAUGGCGCUAAGAAGUACACUUUUGUAGAUCUUUUCAGAACCCCAAAUAUUAGAAAACUUGCUAUAUACUCAGGAAUGCUAUGGUUUGGCGUUGCAUUUACAUACUAUGGAAUAACUCUGAAUAUCACAGGAUUUGGACUGAACCCAUACCUAACACAGUUCAUAUUUGCAUCCAUUGAAAUGCCCAUGAAGAUUGGCGUCUAUUACUUCCUGGAGAAAGUUGGGAGAAAGCAUGGCCAGAUGGGUUCCAUGCUAUUAACUGGUCUCUGUCUCUUCAUCAACAUCUUUGUUCCAAAAGAUAAAUGGACUGUUCGUACUGUUGUGGCAGUUCUUGGAAAAUCUAUGUCAGAGGCCUCGUUCACUAUCAUGUAUCUUUACACAACUGAGCUUUACCCUACGGUCGUACGACAAAAUGGCUUAGGCUACACCUCAUUUCUUGCACGACUUGGCGUGUCCAUUUCUCCACUCAUUGUACUAUUGGAAGAUCUGUGGCAUCUCCUCCCUGCAGCCACUUACUGUGCAGUGGCAGUUGGAACUGGUUUAGUUGCUUCACUUCUGCCCGAAACAUUAAACACCCGACUGCCAGAGUUCAUCGAAGAUAUUGAGAAACCAAGGAGACAGUCACCAAGGAAGGAGAUUCAAUAAGAAAAACACAGUCAUCAAUAAUAAGACUUAUAAUGAUUGGAUCUUAACUGAUUUUUAAAUAGUAAAGUUACCAUGUUACAACUUCAAAGAUCAUCAUUGUUGAAAUGCUCAACAAGUGUCAAUAAACGUAAUGUUAACACCA